GAGUUGAGGCGCGCUGGUAACCUGUUGGACGAGGGGGUCAGAGAUCGUGACUGGAAUCACAAGUUCGCCCACAAGGAACAUGCUGACAACAAGCGGGGUGCAGCCGAAAGCCCUGUAGUGCCUGGAGAUCUGGUUUUACUGAAGAACACGAAAACGUCUGGCAAGCUAGAAGCAAAUUUCGAGAGUGAGCCAUACACAGUGCAGACUAAGGAAGGCAGUGAGGUGACUGUUAGGUCAAAGGAGGGUGUGGAAUACAGGCGGAACAGUUCAUUUGUUAAGCGGUACAACCCACCAGGGGAAUCCCCAGAAGCCACAGAGGCCGCUUCCCAAGAAGCACCCAAUGCUAUUCCUCGGAGGAGAGUAUAG